AUGAGUGGGUCAUUUCGGCAAUUUGAUAGUCCUAUUGUUAUGAACCUCAUGCUUUUCCAACCUCAGGUUCUUGGAAAAAAUUUAAGAUAGUUCGAUAGCGACCUUCGUGAUAUCUAUUGGAACUUGACAGGUUCAUAGUAAUUGACUCCAGCUAUUUGACAAUGGUCAGUUCGGAACGGACCUGACUCACACCCUUUCUAGGACUAUACAUUUUAUGAGACCUCUUCUCUUGGGGCCGAUUGCAAAUGAACAGGAUUCAGGAUCUCGCCAAAUUUCUUCACAUCGUUUCAUUUUUUUUUUCUUGCCUUUGGAUUCUGUGACCUGACUUUGCGACAGAAUGACGUCAUUAUUUUCUGAUAAUUUCUGCGAUAGGGAAAAAGUUCGAAAAUGGAGUUGAUAAGCGUUAUUGAAAGCUGUUCGGUUAUGAUUGGUUGAUUGAUUAAGAGCUUUUGCCUUAAUAAUUAAAGGAGGUUUACGGUAAUUCUAUUGGCACAAGAAUAAGGUCUAAGGGAACGAGUUUAUGAAUGAAAAAUUGCUUUUUUUGGAUAAAGUUAAAAAGUAAAAAUUUAAAAAAAGUUAAAAAAAACUAAAAUUAAAAAAAGUUCCACACGAGAUAAAAAAAUAGAACUUAUCUGACGCCAGACUUUUUUUCCGGCUCUCAAACACGUUGCUCGAGUUUUCUUUUACUCCUUCACUGUUAAUGAGGCGUUCAAAGUUAACUUGUUGAGCAUCCGCUUCUUUUCUGCUUUUUGUUAAACUUAUGAAACUUACAAAAUUCUAUAGGGCAUCGAUUUGCGUAUCAAUCAGCUUUCUUUGUUUCUUUUUUUAUAUCUUCCUCUAGACUUGUAUUUGCUGUAUUAAGAAAAAACUGAAUAGUUGUUUGUAAGCUCGUGAAACAUUUGGUGAUCAAGAACGAUGUGUAGGAUAUUACAUAUAGUGUAUAGUCGUGAACGAGUUUUGAGCUUCCCGCCGAUCAGCUGCUUCUCCAUGUAGGAGCAGUACGGCGCCAGGUCCAGAGCUAGCGGGCGCAGCGAUUGAAUGCUCUUUUAUGAAGAAAAAUUGAGUUAAAACAUGUUAUUUACCUCAAGUAGCCAAAUGUUCUUUCAAAACACUUUUUUAUAUAGCCCGAAUUAGAUAUAGCUCAACAAAAGGUUUCUAAUUUUAAUUUUUAGUAAGUUUCCAGUGUUAUUGUCUUUUCUCUCUUGUAAAUUCUCAUAAUAUGUUCAAAAUUGAUAAUUGUUUUCUCUAUUUAUUGUUCUCUCCAUUUACUUUUAUACAUACAAACUGAUAAAUGUUGAGUUCCUUACAUGAUGUUCCAGAUCACUGAGUAUGAACUUGAAGCUCACGACUCCACUACUAAUUUUGAGAUUACCUACACACCAAUUAGUCACAGAUCACCUCGUUUUACCUCUAGCUUGCUCAUUAACAUUUUGCCAUGAUUGCAAAGCGAUUUCUAUUUUCCACGCCGUUUUCCCACUCGAAAGUUGCCUUCUCUUACCUCUUAUCAAUUUUUUUUAACCAGCUUUGCCCCUUGACGCUUCCAUAAAAGAAUGGAAACAGCCAAAGUUUCUUAUCAGAUGUGACGACGAGGCCCUAAAAUCUCAAAAUGUUGCGAUAUUUGGCAUCAGUUCCAACGAACUAGUAAUUUUUUUUAAAUUUCCGAAUAAGCUGAUAAAAUCGAGCCGCCUAAAUGAGUCUGAGCCACUCAAAAAAUUAUUUCUGCCGAACUUUUUAGACCAAGUUUUUUCUUUCACACAAGCUCAAAAAUUUCUUGUAUGUCAUACAGGUUUGUGGAAAUUGAAAACAGUUUUUUAUCGAGGCUUCUCUUAGGGUUUUAAAUUUAAGACAAACGAAAUAGUUUUUUUCUUCUAAUUUUCCGCGACGAAUCGACAUGUAAAUUCCUUAUUCAAUUCUUUUCUCUCAAGUAUAAUAUUUCAGGAACACGUGCAGCCACGGCGUUCGGCUGAGUACAAGGCGAGAAGACAGGGAGGUAUACAACACUCCUUGGCCCGUCCUCACAUGGUUAGUUCACAUUAGUUCAUUUUUCUACACGGCAAUUAAAUUUUUUGCCUGACUCUGACUUGAAUCCUUCAUGAAAUUUUCUUCGCUCGCCCUUUGAAUGAGUACUUAAUUUUAUUUCAUGAUCACUUGUAAUUUUUAUCUUUGUUGUGUUGCCAGAAUCCUUCAAACGCUGAGGAGUUUAUUAAAACAAAAUUUUAAAAAGUUCAAAGUCAAUUUUUCAAUGAAUUUUUACCAUCUUUACAGGACUCUCGAGGAUUUUUUUUAUCCUAAAGCAAAGCCAAUAGUUCCAACUUUUUCAUAUUAACAUCGACUUUUAUUCCACUAUUUUCAAAGCUCUCCUUUAAAGAGGGUUUAACUGAAUUUAUUUUUUUCGAAAACAUAAUAACUGCAAAAAUAUGAUUGAAUCUUUCAUCUGUAAGCAAAAAAGUGCAGAACUUGCCUAGUACGUUCUCAUAAGGGAAAAAGGGUGAAAAAACACUAGUUCAAGCUUGCUUCAUGCCAGUUGAUUGCACCUAUGAAAUUGCAAAAAAAGUACGAAAAUCGUCCAGUACCACCCUCAUGAGGAAAAGGCGUUCGUGUCACCCUCAAUACUCUAAGGACCACUUCCUCCAGAGACCUGGUAAUAACUUGCUUUUGUUUUUGAUUCGUUUUAAAUUCUAAAUCUCAUCAUUAUGUCUGGCUCACUCUACUAUAUUAUAAAGGUAGGAUGUGUAUUGAAUAUUCUUUUUUUAAUAGUUCUAAUCAUAGUCUAUCUCAAUUUUUUUUUAGUAGAAACCGAAGUUUUAAUUGACGCGAAAAAUCAAUGAACAAGUAGUUGAAAAUGAUGGCUAUUAUUAGAUGUUCUUGAGCCCGAGGUUAAAAUUUUUCCUCAAAUUAUGAUUGCGAUAAAGUGCUAAUUUUUUUGCGCAUAAAAACAAAAAAAUUUAACACUAAAAAGUAAUCUUCAACCAAUUUUUUUGAGUUUUUUUUCAAACGAAUGUUUUCAUUUCCUUGCUCUUCUGAAACAAUUUUUAUCAGUAAUUUAUGAGUGAGGUUAGCAUUGGUUUAAAAUGAAAUCAGCCUCCUCUGAAACAACAUAAAGUUGAAUAUUACUUCGAAGCUUUUCUUUGUUUCCGACUUUUGAAUUCUACGCGAAAAAUUUGCUUGCAAAGUUGAAAUGUCCACGCCGAUUCCGAGUAUAGAAAACUGACUAAUCCGCCACCCUCAACAACCCCGACACCUUUUCUAGAUAGAUAGAUGAGAUUGGAUAUGGAUAUGGGGCUUUGGAAAGCCGCCUCCACCCGCUGUUAAUCUCCUUCUUCUUAGAUUAGUGUGUACAACGGAAAAGCGCCAGCAGUGAAGUCGCAAGAGCAUGAAGUUGAAAUACAGAACGUUCGAACUCACCUCUACUCCGUUUUCUGAAUAGGAGAUCAAAUUCACCUUUGAGUGGAUACAUCAUUAUCAAGUUAAGAAGUAUGAAGCCAUUUGAGCAAACUGAUCUCUUCAGAAUGGAAAACAGUAUUUCUUCCGCUCGAAGUAGGCUUGAGCGGAGCUACAUUAGCUCGAAACUGAAGGAAAUCUUGAGAGCCAAACGAAAAAGGAAAGCGAAUACAGAAGAUCAUUUGUGCGCAGAAAUUUUCGGAGAAAGAACCAAGUUCAAAAUUGUGUUGCACAAACAAAGCCAGACCUGAUCAAGAAAGUUUUUCCGGAGACUUUUCACAUUCUUUCUUAUCAUUUGACAUUUUCGGUUGAUUUACGGUUGAAAUAACUCAGUCGAGCUUGCAAAUGACACAUCCUCAAAAUUGCUAACUCGACCAUAUUGUUGUAAAUAUAAUCUCACUUUGUGACGUAAUUGGUACAUGUCUAGUUUUGGAAGCUCCCUAUGAAUAUGAGAAACUUCUAAGCCUAUCCCAACUUUGGAAAGACGUCAUCCAAAUUUCAAAAAUUCCAUUUCAUGUAAAUAAUUUUAACCGCGCUCCGAAGAACAAAAUUAGAAAAAAAAUUUGGUGGUAUGAAAAAAAACCAGCGAAAAUUCAAACGGCGACUUUUCCGAUUUUUUCAUAUUUCUAGGGAACUUUCCGACUUUUUUCCCUUAUGUUUUUCGGUUUAUAAAACAUCUAUAAACAUUUUUUUCCUAUUUCUUUGUGUUUUUAUUCAUGAAUCAACUACCUACUUUAUAUAGCAAGAUUUAAAACGAAGAUUUUAUCGAGAAAAAAAAGUCGGAAAAAGAAUCGGCGGAAAGGUGGCCGUCGGAAAGUUCCCUAGCGAUAUGAAAAAAUCGGAAAAAUUGCCGUUUGAAUUUUCGCUGGUGUUUUUUUCAUACCACCAAAAAUUUACUUCUGAAUUCAAAAGAGGCUCUAUCGUUGGUUAUCAUGACACCAAUAUUUUCAAAGUUCUUCCAGAAGUUCCACCUCUAACAAAGCUUCUGCCAAAAAUAAUCAGAAAUGUCCAUUUGCUGACGCAAUUGUCAAAGCAAUUGCGACUCGCCAGCUUGUCAACGAGCCGAUCAGAAGGCUCAAAAAGAAGGCGUGGUCAUUGCCAUCUUGACGUCACCAACCUCCCUUUUUCGGUUCAGCUUCACGCACACUCCAUUUCUGUGUUCUUCUUCUAUUCGGACGGGUGAAGAGGGUACACCUAGCUUCCUCAUUUGUCGCCUUUGCUCGAUUUAUGUUCAUUAUAGCAUCGAAUUAAUCCCGAUGCCCACCGAAAUGGCUUCGACCUUCGCUUUUCUUCCACCACCUUUUCGUUUAUCCUCGAAAUAAUCAUAGAAAAGCGCAAACAUCUCUCGGAUUAACGUUCGGAUUAACUUUAUUUUUGACAAUUUCAUCUGAUUACUUCUAAUUUCGUCGUGUAGUAGGUGAUUCCACCGUAAGAGUGAUUGAUUCUUAGUAACACAGAGGUGGAAGAAAUGAGGGGCCCUCCAGGGCGCAACAUGCCCGCCUCAGCCAUCAGGCCUCUGAGAAGAAAUGAGCCGCGUCAUUAUGUGUCGAUGGCGUAUAAUACCACGUUGCAAAAGUAGGGCGAAAAUGGUCAUUUUUGUUCUUUUUUCAUUAAAUCGUGGAUUUCGCAAUUUUUUCAAUAUUUUUUUUAAUUUUUCAGUGGAUAUGAUGUCCAGUUGAAUUUUUUUAUGUGGAGUACGGUUAUUUUUGUUCUUUUCUUUAGGCGAAAUGUUCCAGAUUUAUGGUUACGAACCCGCUGACUAGUGAGAGAAUAAAUUUACGUCGCCACCAAAUUGGAAAUUCAAAAAACCUUGUUCUAAAGCUUCGAAAACAACGAUUUUACAAGAUUUUCGAUGAUUCCAAUUUUUGCGCGUUCUUUUCCUUCCAAUGGCGUUUUUUUGCCAUCUCGGUUUUGGCCCCGGGCGCCCUAGGCAGCGACUUAUUAAGAAAUGGCCAUGGCGGCCUACGUCGGUUUAGAAAUGUAAACGUUUGAAAACGCUUAGGGGCGCCAUUUCUCCACCUCUGUAGUAACACAGUGGUCGUAGGCCAACACUAAUGACAGCUAGAUUUUUGUUAAAAACAGUACGAUUAAAAUGACUACAAUAAACACUCUGGACACUUCUAAGACAUGACGACGAAAAUUGUAUGAUCCCGUCAAAAACUAAGAAAGUACAUUCAAUCAAAAAGAUUGCUGUAACAGCUUUUGAAAAUGGCUUUUUUUUCUAAAAAAUCAAAUUUAAGCAGAAGCAAGUCUAUGGAAACAGAGAAACUGACCGCAAGAAGAGCACUACAAUCACUACUAAUUUCUAACACUGUAGUGUUCAUAUUUGAAAAAAUUGAUGAUUUGAAAAAAGCUGUUAAAAAAACAGUUUAUUGACCCCGUUAUCAGAUGAUGGCAAAAACGCUGAAAAAAAGGCCAGUAUGAGCCGCGCAGGCUUGUGCGUCAGACCGGGCUCAAGGCCUCAUUUUUGAGAAAAAGUCUGCGCGGUCUUGGGACGGGAUGGGCUUCGGAGAAAAAUUGAAAUUUCAUUAAAAAAUUUUUCACUUGAAACAUCAUAGUUUUUGUGGAACUCCUAGUGAAAAAAUAAGCAAAAACGUGACUUUUGUCGUACAAAACUUGAUAUUCGACUAGGAAAAAAUUGCGCUUUUGAGCCGGGACUGCCAUUUUUUUUAAAGACCUCCUCCCUACUAAGGCCGGGUCGGGAUUAGAAAAUGGCCGGGGCCAAGAGGCUGACGGACCGGCCCUCGCACAAGACUGAAGCCGCGAUAACAAGUUCUUGGUGAAGCGAAUUUUCUCUAGACUUUUUAAUUUAAAAAAAAUUCAGCGAUUCUUAUGAAUGUUACGCUUGUCUUUUUCUUAUUUUUUUUGUGUGGUUGUACGCCAUCCUAUCCUGAUAUCAUUGAUAAUCAGUGAACUAUCUCUACUGAAAUAUCCGCCCUGGUCGUUGACAGUUUAGGAUUGUGGAGCCGUGGUUUCCCACUUCCAAAACUCCUUGAGCUGGUUUCUGGUUGAGUCGCGGUGAGGAUCGUACUCUUGACCCUUUGAACCGUAGACAGACAAAAAUUAAUAACCUGUUGCGCUACAGCUCGCCGCUAUGACUAACACUCUUGUAGUAUUUUUAAUAACAACGCUAGCACAAAACGUGCCACUCAGUUUUAAAAAGGACUUGGUUUAAUGGUUACAGAGAUCAGGCGAUUAAAAACAACACUGAAUCAAAGAUAGUUCCUAUCCUUCUGGGAUAUUUGAAAUUGAGAAUUGUGCGUAUAGAGUUAAAUGCAGCGAGAGCAUUUUUGUAGAAAAUUGCGGACCAAAAACGGUAACUCGCGCGGUAAUACAUUGCCGUAUCUGUUUUUAAAUAAUCUCAAAAUUAAGAUAGAACUACUCUACAAUAAGCCGAAUGAAAAACUCGCAACAGAUAUCCAAAAUAAAUUUAAACGGAAAAACUAGUUGAGCCGGCCUAGCUGACCCCAGUACGUUGCCAUACACGGUGUUAGUUAUGCCGAAACAGCGCAACAAAAAAAAAGAAAAAGAAAAGAAGAAACCGGUUGUUGUGGUCCAGUUAUUUGUACGUAGAAGAGAGGGAGGUGGAAGGCUAAGCCCUCUCGGCCGUGAUCCCAUGCAUAUAUGUCCACUUUUGGUCAUGCUACCACUACUACGGUUGUCCUCCUGUAAAUAAUGCCUGCGGCGACAGCGACGUGCUGUGGAACCGGUCGUGCGGUCAUCCGUCGCCGCCUCUCUGGACGCUUUCAGCUAUUACGCUUGAGCUUGUUUCUUCGGUGCCCUCAUGGCUGCCCUUGAAAGUUUCGAAAGAGAUUCCUCUGGUUUCUUUUCUUAUCCAGCUUUUCAUUCUCUUGGUUCAAUCUGAAGCCUUAUUUGAGUUCAAAAUGAAUCAUUUCUUUUGAACGCAGAGAACUGUUGUUAGUUUUUUUUUGAAAGCGUGCAGCCUUAUAAAGAAACAGUAAUUUUGAGAAAAAAAAACUAUUGAAAAUUCAUCAUGCAAAUUUUUUUGCCGGACUACCACAAGCGUUGCUUAGUUACUUAACUCCUCAGGAAAAAAAUUUAUUCUCUACCUCUUCUUGUUCUUCUUUAUCUUGGUUAUCAGUCCAGAGAACAUAAGUUUCAUUUUAAUAGAAAAAAAGUUUUUCAAAAUGAAAAAUUCCCAGAAACCUCUGUCUAUCUGAACUUAAAUAACCCAAAAUUUUCUAGAACUUCCAAAAUAAAAAUCCAGUUUGAUGAUCUCGCCGUGUGACGACACACCCUCACGCACCUACCGUCUCUUUUUUUCCAUAUUAUUAAAGCUAGCUAUAUUUAUCACUUCAAUGACCAAAAGCAAAGCAAUUACUGCCACCAAUGUGCGUAAUGCGAUAUCGAAAUUAUCUGUCAGUUGGCUCCCGCGAGACCUUUUAAAAUCUACCGUCUUCUUACGUGUUCAGUAAAUUUCUCUUGUUCAGUCAUUUUUCGUCGAAAAUUUUCCUUUUUUUUUUUUAAAUUUUUUUUUGCAAAAUCAGCUUUGUUAUUUACAGAAAAUAACUAGCAGAAAGACCAUGACUUGAAUAAAAACAGUUCAAUGAACUUAAAGGCAUAGGGGCAGUAAAAAAUGGGGUUUCAGGUGAAAGCAGUAUCUUAUAUAGUUUUUCAUUGCGAAUCGAGUGGUGUACUCAAAAAAAUUACAGAUGUGACAACUUUAGAAGAAAAACGCGAUUUUCCUUUCCCGCCUUUAAUUUUGAAAAAAGCUUUGGAUCGGUAUGCAGACAACUGUUUACAGUAGCUGUGCACGCGAUGUUGCGGACGUGCCAAUAGACUCGCAUUUUGUGAGAAAUAACCGGAUAUCUGCUUCAAAUUAAGGGUUUCUUCUCUGAAAAGUCGAUUAAGAAAACAGAAAACACACAUUGAUAAUAAAGAAAACACAAAAUAUCGCUAUCCCCAUCGAAACCUGUGUAAAAUCAUCAUUUUUCACCAGAGAAGCAUUUUUGCGAUCAAAGUUUGCAAAUUUAACAUGAAUAUAAAGAUUUUGUGACAAAAAGAACUUUGGUGACAACAGAAAAAAUUAAAAAUUGAAAGCGACAAAGAAAAAAGCGAAAUUCCGAAAAAUGGCGAAGCCUGUUGUCCAUAGAGCAACUUUACUGCAAAGCGCCCUUUUCGCGGGAACUCAAGCUUUCCUUUCUCCGACUUUGAAUUAUUUUUUCUUCAAAACUAGGAACUUCUGUACGUUUUCAAGUUUACCGUUCGAUUCGCAAUGAAAAGCUCUACAAAAUACUGCUUUGAACUGAAACACCGUUUUUUACUGCCCCUAUGCCUUUAAACUCAAAUCAUGAUGCGGUGUCUCAUAAAAAGAGACGUGUUUUGCAACUCACUUUUCCGAGCAUGGUCUCCAUAACUUCUCAAAACUUCAAGUCUAAAACGAUACAAAUCUACCCAUAUAUGUUCACGACACACCGCUAUCUAGUUGAAGUCUUGUUAACAAAGUUUCUUCAACGUCUCCUACAUUUUGAAAAUCUUACAGACUUUGGGCGAAUCGUGCUCGUCAGUAGCCGAACAACCAGCGGCGUUGGAUUUUUCGAGGUCGGCACCGACGUCGGACGUGCUGGCGACGGCGGCGGCGGCGCUCCAGCAGCAGACUGCGGCGCUGCUCGCCGCCGGUCAACCGCAGCAGCAACACCCGUCGUCGGCGCCGGGCACACCAAAUCUUAGCGGCUUCAAUCCCGCCAUCAUGGCUGCACAGAUGGGCGUCUUCAACAAUCAACACCUUAUCGCCAUGAUGCAGGUUUCGAAAUUUAAAAAAAAUACAUUAUCAUAAAUAUCUUCUGAGAAAUGAGGAGGUUCCAAUAAAGAGUCUUCUUUCUUCAAAUUUUCUCAAAGAAUCUUCAACACCGCUGCUAUUUAGGAUUCAUAGAUUGUUCUAAGAGUGCUCAAAAAAUUUUUCAGAAAGGAGUUCAAUCUUUCUUUGUUAGUUUUAAAGUAGGUAAGCUUGCAAAAGAGGUUUUUUGAGGCUUCAUUUGAUUUCCUGAUGCUACCUGGAGUAAUGAGAAUCUGGCCAUGCAAUGUAAUAAGGAAAAUUUUCUGAGUAUUUCACAAAUAAUAUCGAGCCUCAAAAAUGUUUACAGCAUUUGACCUUGAGGACCUACAAGUUUUUGAGUUUCGUCUAAAAUUUAACCGAAUCAAUGGAAGAAUAAUUAGUUUGGAGCUUUGUAUUGCUCUUGUAGAUAAAAAAAAGCAUUUUUCUAGCUUUCUAAUCAUGAAAUCUUCUGCCGAGACUUAAUUUAAUUCAAUUCAGUUACAAUUACAAAUCUUUAAAUAUUCCCCUAAGUAAAAAAUUGUUUUGACAAAUUACAAUUUUUAUCCUACAAAACAAUUAGAAUAAAGCUUCUCAUUAUUAUUCUACAAGGCCAUCGACUUCCCCGAAGACGCGAGGAAAUCCAGAUUGUAAGAAGAAAAAAGUGGGAGAAAUUUCUAGUAAACUCUUGAAUUGAGAAAGGUUGUUAACCUCGAAGUUUUCUUUGUUCCGGGGGUCAUUCGGGCCCGACGGAAAUGUCAUUUCUUGCAAUUUUUUGGACGUUCUAUGAUAUUUUUGUUUCAGAACUCUAUCAAGUCACAAAAAGUUUUGCAAACUUGAAAACCAAGUUUUGUUUUGUAAAGUUUCUGUUUUAUGAAUUCUUAGCUACCAAAGCCUUGAACCAACGACCCAUGACUGAAAUAACUGUCUUUAUGAAUACAAAAAAGACUAUAGUUGUUACAGAGAAAUAUCUCAAGCUGUAUAAAAAUUUCCAUGUAUCUUUUCAAGAAUCGUACUAACAUAGUAAUGAACAGCAUUCUCAACCUUUUUUUCCUGCGAAAAAGUGGAAUUUUUUGUGAGCCAUCGAAACUAAUGUAAAAAGCUAGAGCUCAUCCGAGCCGAAAAUACUCAAAACAUCCACUGAGGACGUCACAAACGUAUGAAGAUCUUCUGUCUCUCGCCAACCGUUUCUUAUUUUUCUUCCUAGACUUCAAAAAAAAGCCAAGGAAAAAAAUUUUUGCUCUAUGGCGUAUGGAGGCCCUUCUUCUGAUCAUAAUUCUUUGGAGGUGGAAUUCCAGCUAACUUCAUUUCCUUUGUUUCUCUCCUUUUGAUUCAAAGAUGAUGUUAUAAUCUUCACUGAAGAUUUACUUUUUUUAAACCAGAGAUUAAGAUUCUGUGAAUCAAAAGCGCGUUCUUCACUUAUUUUACUUCGAUUAGAGGUUUUUAUAACAUUGUUUCAUUAAAAGUUAAACUUGAAAAAGCUUUGACUUUGAUGAAAUUCCGAAAAAUUUGAUCUUUCAACUUCUGCUCUCAAUUUAUGUUAAAGAAUCAUAUUUUACAGGCAGCCGCAGCUAGAACACCUAUGAUGGGUCCGCCACGUGGCGUCGUCACUCCUCAGCUUAUGCCGAACAUUUUGCAGCACCUGAACGCCUUGAGAUCAGCUCAGGUAUAUUUUCAUCAAUGAACCGAUGAAACAUACUUUAAAAGUUGUUGUGGUUGAUAAAUGUGAAAAUCGAUGAGCUUGAUGGAGCAAUUUGCUCUAAGAUAUUGUUUUGGAAUCUCCGAAAUUUUUAAAAGAUCAAACAGGGCACGCGAAUUACUUGCUUUUUGGUCGGAAAGUCGGCCUCAUUAUCCCCGAGACGGCGAAAUUCGAGCGAUUUUUCAUGAAUCUCUCUGCACUCUCUUGUUGCUCAUCGAAUUUUCUUUUUAGUCGUACCUAUUUUCGGAAAUGAUAUGAAAAGAGAGAAAAGAACCUAAUGAUAACACAUGCAUUAAAGAACUUUCGAAACAGGAGAAGGGAACUUUUUCAUGUCUUUUAUUGAGGGCUUUUUUUUUUGAAUGUUUCCAUGUAUAGCCUGAUCGGAAUUUUUAUCGGAAAGGUUCAAUAAACAUUCAAAAAUUCAACAGGAAACACUCACUGAUCGCACAGUGAUGAAAAGGGUCUGAGAAAAUAGAAAUGAAUGUGCGAAACGUAUUUGAAAUAUGAAUGUAUAUCAUCUCUAACUUUUCUAAACUCCUCAAUCCUUCGAGGCCAAUAUUUUUUGCUCAAGGAAACUCGCUUAAUUUUGAAAAAAAAAAUGAAAGCUCUCUUGCAUACUUUGUUUUACGUCGUAGAUAUGUUCACAAACACUCAGAUUGAAUCUCGAAUAUUCAAAGAAGGAAAAGAGUCGAGUGGGGUCAAUCGGUUGGCGCCAAAAAAGGUGUUGUUAUCUUGAUUUCGAGGUCGUGUGCCGAAGGUCACCUUUGCACCCAGCGUGAACAUUUUUCCUCAAAGAAAGACAAGCGCCACCCCAACCAGCCUUCCUUUUACUUUAUCGCCCGUCAACUAAACCGGUUCGAUUUGGCGAUCCUAUUCUUUUUUCUCCUUACCUUUAGCCUUUCCAUGCUGGGUCCGCUCGACCUUUCAAAAAGAGCCUAUGCUGGAACAACCUUGGCAUGCCGCCAGCCGCCAGACGUCUACCAUCUUUCCCCUCUAUCCUUUUCUUCUUUCAUUCAUUUCAAGUGUUUAUUCGCCAUUCCGCAAUCAGCACGACAAAUACAAAAAAAAAAUAAAACAUCAAGACAAUCAAAUAAAUCUAACAGCUGAUCUGUGGAAACUUUAUCUCCUUUCCUUUUUUCUUGAAUUCCUGUCUUUAAUUUUCAUCCCCAGGCAGCGCUUUUUAGUGUUGAUAGUCAUAAAAAUUAUAAUUCAAAGUUCUGGAUACUACUGGAGAUUUUUUGUGUCUUUUUCUUCCUUCACCUGUUUUCUUGAAAAUCACAGAAUCUAUUAUUAAUCAUCGAAUCUUUGCUAUUAUCUACCUUUUUCCAUUAUAACAACAACUGUCCAACGUGGGGCUCUUCAACUUUUGUUCCUAUUAAAUUUCCUUUUAUUCUCUCCUAACAAGGGAGGUCAUUUUACCUUGCGGUUGGGAACUUCCUGAAAUUUGACCAGAACACUCCUUGAUGUAUCAGAAGGUAAAUCUGUGAGCCUCAACCUGCGCAACUUCCUAGUUUUCGAGAAAUGAGCGCUCAAGUUCUCAAAAUGGCCUAUUUUAACGUCUUUUAGUGUUUUCUUCGACUUUAAGGUGUCCUUUUCUAAAAACUGAGUAGUUGUGCAGGUUAAGUCUUCCAGGGUCUUCUUCUGGUACAUCAAGAAGUGUUUUGACCAAUUUCCAAAGAAUUCCCGACCGCAAAGUAGAAUGACUUCCCAUGUAAGGCCUUAGGCCAAACGACUCCUCAAACUUUUUCAUCGGCUGACUAAUCUUGAAAGAACGAAGAAAAUUAUCACUCACUACAAUUUAAAAACUUCGAAGACUUUCUGAGCUUUUGCGCGUGCUGGCAAGUUUAUCAAGCUGACAAGGCCGAGCCCUUUGACAUUAGUCGACGUUUGGUUGGAGACUUUUCUCAUUGGUUUCAAGACGUUGCCACGGACGACCCGCUCUAACGACGUAAAAGGUCGCGCCGCCCACGUCGUUUGAACACCGAACGAGUACUACCUGAAGGCUUCUCUCGCCUUUGUAAUUAGGCUUGCACUGAAAAAUUGCUGUACUCUUUUCUUUUUUAAAAAUUGCUGUACUGCUCGAAACAGAAUUUUUUAAAGAUCAAACAAAAAGCAACGAAACUUAAGACAGAACUAUAAAUUGCAACUUAACUUUAGUGAAGUUUUAAGAGCAAACAUAAUUUCUAUCAACAAAGGCAUAAACAUAAAAUAAUUGAAAAGCACCUUGGAUGUUACUGAACAGUCACAGAAAGUAUAUUGUAGCCUUCUUCAAAAUUAUCUGAAAAAUCUUUCUGUUUUUUUCAGUCACUUCUUAAUGAAAAAUUUCUGACUUUUGUGAAUUUUUUCUCAACAUUUUCCUACCGUUUUAAAAAAGAACAUAUCUAACAAAAAUUUUUCAAAAAGGCUUUGCAAGAAUUCUAAUUAGAAAGUAUUCAAAUCAAUUUUAGGAGAUAUCUAAAUUUUUUCGAAGAUUUCGUUAUAUUCAAUAGCUUCGGCUUAAUAAGCUUUCACAGAAAUUUUUUCAAAAGAAAAAUUAGUACUUUUAGGUAGAGUAGUAAUAAUAAAUUGUUUUUCCUAUUUGAAAGACGAUGUGGGUAGAUCGGCAAGGGUGCUUUUUAUGCGUACUCGACGCGGCUUUUUGACGGGAAACUCCAAAUCAAACGCGAAUCAACUUUUCAAAAAUGAUAAUAAUAAUUUGAAAUGUCGGUGUGAAAUUAAUGUAGAUCUAAAAUUUGAGAGGAUCACUAUAUAACUUGACAUCAUUUGAGUCUAGGAGAAGCAGCUUUCAACUGUUUUGUUUUCCAUUUUUUUUUUAGUUAGUUCUUCAAAGAUCAUUUAUUUUUUCUAAAUUUUUUGACGAUUACGUUUGACCUCGAGUUUUUCGCCUAAGACGGCCUAGAAAGUAUUGACUAUAUGUCCUUCAAAAAAAAAUGUAUUGACAUGUGUAGAAAGACACAGUUUGAACUCGAACUCGGAGUAACUUUGCUGAGAAGCACUUUCACGUCUUCUUGUUCCAGAACUUUUUUUCGUUCAGCGGAAUUAUAGCGCCUCAAAAUUUGGGUGCAAGAAAUGGCUUUGGAUGCAAGAGAAGUUGCCAUUGCUUUCGUCUUGUUCUGAAAUCAGAAGACCUGGAAGCGUUUCUCAGCAAAGUUUCAUCAGGUUCUCAAACUAUAUAUUGUAUGCUUCCCUUUUGAUUCUAAUAGAAAACCAGCUUCCAACGUUUUUUAAUGCAUGAGAGCGGAAAAAGUUGAUAAAAAAUGUUUGGAGAUGUUAUUCAAAGAGCGCCGAAAGCGGUCAAAGAAAUACCCCACAUAUUUAUGAAAAGAUUGGUGUUUUAUAUUGUCCAAGAAUUAUAAAAAGCUAAUCCGUUCAAGAGACCGAUAAAUCUUGUCUUGUGUUUUUCUUUUGCACAAAGUCCGAGUUUUCGUUUAUUGUGGCAAAGAAAAACAACAUAUAUAUAUAUGGGAAGCUAAGACAUGAAUCGAUAAGCAGCUGAUAAGCAGCCUCCUGUUUUUGGGAAUGCUCCUUUUUUUCUCUCGCAGAUAAUUACUUUUUCGAUUGUUUCUUCAAAGUUUAUAGCGCAAUAGCUAUGAUUGAAUGGAUUAGAAAAAAAACCAAUCACCUCAAAAUCUUCAAAUUAAUAAUCAUUAAGCUGUUAGUUAGGUCAUGCCGAAAUCAGCUUCUUGAGUUCAAAGCGCCAUUUUUAGUAAUUUCAAGUCGAAAAAAAAGUCCCCACCACCAAACUCUGUCAAAAUUUGAUUCAUCUAAUAUACACGCAUAUGAAUUUCACACACAAAGAUACGAAAAGACUGGCAGACACAUCGAUUCCGUUCUGUUCUUCAUUCCACUGGCGUAUACAUAUAUACAGGAGAGGACACCCGAAUGAGAGAGACGAGAGAAAAGACCUUAUUGCCAGCCAUCUGUGUGUAUCUGGUGUGUGUGCGUGUGUGUGUGUGGCCUUUGACCCUGACCUCAACUCACCUCGGCAGCGAUAGAAGGUUUAGUGAGGAGCGCAAGUUGAGUGGAAAAAGGGCUCCGCCCACCCAGAAGGUGUGUCUCUUAUGUAUUAUUUUUCCUUUGGUAAGGGUUAGUUGAGGUCAUGGCCGUUUCUGUUUGAUUCAAACCCAUCUUCUUUUUUUCCUUGUUUCAAGUUUCCGUCAAAAGAUUACCUAGUAAAGAAUAUGCUUUCAAGUUUUUCGCGUUUCAUUUUUCCAAAAUUAUUUUUAUUCCCAGCCAAUACAUUCAACUUUAUCUGGGGAACCGGCUGCACACGUCAUCUUUCGAAUACAAAAAACUGAUAAAAGUGACUCCCACUCACUUUUAUUCUGUUUUUUUUUGUAUUUUUUCCCAAGCUGAUUGCUCUCCCAUAAAGUGGGGAUAUGUGACCUUUUUCAUCCUUGAUGUUAUUUUUCCGAUCUUUCGGCACCACGUGCUGCCCUGGUGCGCAGUAGAUUUUGCCUUUUUCGAAAGCUAAAAUAGAUUUCGAAAGAAGGAAAAUGUGUACUUUGUUUUAAAUAGAAUUAACUUCUUAGAUUUUCCAUGACAAACACUGAAAAAAAGACCAAUUUAGAAUCAUACGAAAUAGAAAAAGUUUGAUUAGAUCUUUUUUUCUUCAAAACCUGCGAUUUUAGAAACGGAAAAUCAAUAAAAACAAAACCAGGUUAACUAAUGUUUCAUCAAAGGGAAAAGCCAAUAUGAAAUAGUGCUAACAUCUGCCAUCUUGUCCGCAAAUCUCAUAAUAAUACUCUUCACAUUCCCCUUUAAUGUUUCAAAGUAUUAUUCAAUGGCUUAUAAGGUUGGCAAACAUUUUCUAUCGAAGUUCAUUCAUCUUGAUAACUCUGUUUGCAUUUGAUAUAUUUUCCGAUUCUUAAUAGAUUGAAUCAAAAAUAGGAAAACUAUUUUUGGGAGAAGAACAAUUUGAAAAAAAAAAUCACAACUUGAAUUUUAGAAGUCUCUAAUCCAUAAUGAUUAGAGCGAAAAAUAAACAAAACAAGGUAUAAAAGAAGCCUCCAGUAUUUUUGUUUCCAGGAAAAAAAAGGGAAAUUCAAACGCCAAAAAGCGUCGAAAUUUUUUUAGAUUUCUGAUUUUGAAGGUGCUCAAAUUUUGAACCGCUUUAAAAAAACAUUUAGUGAAACUGAAAAAUCGAGGCUAUAAAAGGACACCCAGUCCGUAUAAAACGCUGAGGAUUGGUUGGAAGGGGUGACGGGGCCUACGUCGUCAUGUAAAUUGACCCUCCGGCCAGCCGACUCUUUUUUUUCUGCGACCGCUGCCGCCGUUAUAAUUCGACCUCCUGAAGUUUUCUCUUCUAAACUCAUUUAAAUAAUGUUAAUUUGUUAAGCCUGAUGCCUGGCACAUCUAAAAAACCUUUCAAAGGGUUGGAUUUGAUUUUAACUUACACAAUCUUUUUAUUAUUUGACGCAGUCUAAAGAGGGUCCGACCUCUGCCAAGACGUAACCAAGAAUAUUUAGAAGUUUUGGUAGUGGUGAACCACGGCUCCAUAAUCCCCAGACGUCAUUCAAAGACGGAUAUGUCACUAGAGCCAGUCCACUGAUUACCAUUGAUAUAAUUAAAGUAUCUUGUCUAUCAUCGAUUUAGGCCGCCGUCGCCGCUAAGCAGUAAAAAAAAUUAGAAGAAAUCAAAAUCAAUAAGUUGUUAAAAAAUAACUACAGAAUUAGUAUCAAAUUCAUCAAAAUGUUCUCCGAAAUUUCAAAUAAAAAAGCGAGAGAAAAAAUGCAGAAGGGUUAAUUAUUUCUGAAAUAUACAUCCGAGUUGUUUUUUGUUUUUCCCUACGGGGCAUUUCUCAUUUCAUUCGAGGCUUCACCUCCGCCGCCGCUGCCUAAACUCACUUUUUUUUUGUUAACCUUUUUGUUUGUCUUAAUAGUAUCCAUUAUAUACAAAAGAUGACAUCGAUUUGAUUGAUGAAACAAAAUUUAAGAAAAGUUCUGCUAUGUGUUGCUCUCCAACAAAACAUCACAAUGAAUUCCCCUCAGCGCGUUCUCGAAUACAAUCGUUUUUCACAUUUUCCGAAAAAGAAAACCAUUUCAGUUCCACUAUAAUUCACAUCUAAUAUUACAGAUAUCGAAUGCCAACGCGAUGACGGGUCUACAGCGAAUCGCCAGUCCGAGGACUCUCACUGCCGGUAAAUUUUGUUGGUUUUGAAGAUCCGAGAUAGCUCGAUGUCAAAGAGUAUGUCGAAGAUUAAUCUUCUUCCGCCAUCAAGGGCUUUUUCAAUCUAUCAAUAAAAAUAAAAAGGCAGCGGAAAUUACUUUCAACACAGCAGGAACAUAUCACGAGCGUUAAUUUUCAACAAGAUAAAACAAGAAUUCAGCCGAGUUGAACCGAGAAAAUUGCGGCGAAUUGUGUGUUGUCUGUGGCGACAAAGCAUCGGGUCGGCACUACGGCGCCGUUUCUUGUGAAGGCUGCAAGGGGUUCUUCAAGCGUUCGAUCCGGAAGCAGGUAGUCAUUUACUUCCUUAUAAACUUCUUUCAAACUUAGAAAUCACCGCAAGAACUCAAAAAAGAUCCAUUAUCUGCAACUUUUUUUAUAAUUUGAGCAUUCAUAUGUUUCAACAACAAAAAAACUAGUCAAAAUUUUUCCCAUUUAUUUUUUCUGUGUACGUCACAAUUCGUCUGAACACCUAGUUUCUAAACGGAAUCAGCGUAUAUGACUUGGUGAGCUUGGACUUUAAAAAUGAAUCCGAAAUUCUAAGUUUUUAAAAGGCACUUCUAUAGUCAAACUUUGAAUGGUUUGACUUCCAAGGAAGCAUAAAAUAGGUGAGACAAGCGCCUGUUGGAAACUUCCCCAUUUAAAAACUCUUAAAGUUUCUGACUCGAAAUUUAAAAAAUGUUUUUUUAUUGAGUUUUUUUAAGAUUAGUUGUUCGAUGUUAAAACUCCCUAGAAAAAAACGAUGAAACUAUGAAGUGAAAAAGAAGCAACCUAUGACAAGUAGUAACUACACGUAAAAUUUAAGAUAAUAUUUUUCUUAUUUCUCUUAACAAAAUUCAUUGAAAAAACGUGAACAGUUCAUACAGAUUGGCUACAUUUGCCGAAGCUCCAAAGACUGUCCGGUAACCAAGUUCCACCGCAAUCGAUGUCAGUAUUGCCGGCUGAAGAAGUGCCUAGCCAUGGGUAUGCGGAGCGAAUGUAAGUUUUUUCCUUCUUUUUUUUACAAGGAAAAUGUAUUUAUAUACAUGAUAUUUUUAAUUCCAGCAGUCCAAGCAGAGCGACGUCCCGUUCAGCAGUCGAGCAGCGAGUCGCCACCGACUAUGAUCACGCAAACGCCGCGAGCAAUUACAGUAUAAUUUUGAAUCUCUUGGGAGUUAAUAUUUUCUAACUUGGCUCACGAACUUCAAAAAUCAACAAUUAAUACUUUAAGACAAAAAGUAAAAAAUUAAUCAAUAGUUUUCAUCUGAUAGUUUUCACGAAAAAAAAGCGGAAAUGAAAUAAUAAACAAUUUUGAUGAGAAAGUCACAUGCUACUGUAGUCUGUGUGCCACGACUUGAAAUUUCGCCGAACGACAUUCCGCUGCGUGCGUUCGCGAAGCGUCUUUCAAAUCUAGGUUACGCUUUCAAUUGAAUGGUAUUGCUGUGGUAGCACAUAAAAGUAAAGUACCUUAAUAAAAGAAAAAAAAAUCAAAAGCGCGACCAAGGUUCGCAAAGGCGCACAGCGGCACAGCGGAAUGUCGUUCGGUGAAAUUCAAGUCGUGGCACAGAGACUAUACGGUGAAAUGAAAAAUUUUAAGACUCAUUUAUACAUGAAUUAGAAGUAAAAAGGGAAAAUUUAGCCUCUCAAUGCGGGAAUAAUGAACGGACUACUGGCAUUGGCCAAUAUUGAUCCGGAUGAUAACAAUGCCACCAAGCAUCACGAGCAGAUGAACUCGAGCUCUCCGAUGAGUAACCGUCCCUGCUCUCCAUCUACCGAGUUCCCCAUAAAAAGAGUUCGAGUUUGUCUCGUAGACUCUAAUGACAUUCAUCUGCCAGGAAUCGAUAGGAGAAGACGAAUCAGGCCUGGACAUGAUGACGGUGAUUGGCUUAGUGCCGUCGGCGUCACCGACGUCGAGCGGUGCUGGUUCGGCUUCCUCUCUCAGCGAUGAGUCUGGUCCAAUAUUCAACGCCGAGGUUCGAAAUUCAGCGUCUGCGGAUAAUCCCUAGCGCAUUUUCUGCAGCGAAGUCGAUUCGAAGUGCCGAUUCCGGUGUCGCCGCCCUCCCAGUUCAACAUCCAGUACAUUUGCGAGACUGCCAGCCGCCUUCUGUUCCUCUCCGUACAUUGGAUCAAAGACGUCCGGAUGAGCUUAAGGUUUUAACUUGCCUUUAUCGUAUCACUCCAGAUGUCUUGUCGAUUGCGAGGGCUUGAGACAUGAUUUUUUUUUUCCGUUUACAAGGGAGGUACAGAGGUCUUGAUGAAGAUCCCACAUAGUGACUACCUGCGCGAACUCUUAGUUUAUGGAAUAUGAUUUUUCAAAGUAGCGGAAUAUAAGUUCUAAGCCUAAUUUUUUGAACUCCAAAAAUAAUUAUCUCGAAAACUAGAAGCUGGCGCGCGUUGCAACUUUGAUGGACCUUCAGAGAUUGUCUGAGCAAAUUUGUAAAAAUAAUUCCAAGUCGCAAAGAAGAAUGACUUCCUUGUGGGGUCUAAAUUUGCGUUGAACGCGAGCUUUGAAAACUAAUACCUCAAAUACUGGAAGUUUGCGCAGGUAGCGACUGUGAGAGAUCUUCCCUUAGAAAUUCAGAGAGUUUUUGAGCAAAUUUGUACAAAAUUCCAAACCGAGAAGUAGAACGACUUCAAGCCAAAAAAGAACUGAAACCAACCAAAAGAGGUUGAAAAACAGCUUUCGAUUUUAAAACCGCAAUUUUUAUUUUGAAAAAGAGCAGGGUUCAGAUCGACGAGUCUGGAAGCAGUUAUGAAGAACAAGUGGUGCGACAUUUUCGUGUUAGGCUUGAUGCAAUCAGCAGACAGCAUUCGGCUCGUCAGCAUGCUCGAGGCGAUGAAUAGUCAUUUGGCUGCUUGUGUCGAUAUGGGUCUGUGGUAAUUCGUUAGAAAAAGUACAGCCGAGGUUUCACGUGUUAGAAGAUUUUUUUGUUUUCAAUCAAUGGUUUUAUGAAUAAGUGACCCCUGUAAAAACUCCAGUCCAAGCGAAACAGUUUCCAAUGACUGUAAAAAAGUCAAAAUCAUCGAAAAGAACCGCUAAGCUUGUGACCUACGAAAUAAGAGAAGAUAUAAAAACUCUUAGAAACGCCCUUAAGGUAUUUCCCCAGUAGUCUUAGAGAAACCUCUGUCGGUAGGAGCUUGGAUUUUUUUCCAGUAUUGAUAUCCUAAAAUAGAGAACAGCGUUUUUUUUUUUCAUCUUGGUGAGAUCUUAAACUAGAACCCCAUAAAAACGAAUCUUCAGGUCAACUUAACGCGGAAAAGUUCGAGAAGGUCAGCGAGCAAAUGCAGAGACUGAUUCAGUUGGCACGGAUGUUCGACCAGAAAAGCUUAACCUCGGUCGAAUAUGCCUACCUCAAGCUUAUCUCCUUCACUUGCGAAGGUUUCUCUUUGUCAGAAUCAGAAAGUCAAGAAUAUGCACACUAAAUCUAAAAAUUACCAACUUGAGAAAGCCUUGAGAACUUUAAACUGAAACAAAACUUUUUUUUCAACAAGCUUUUAUUAUAUUAAAAAAAAUAGUAUUAUCUCAUUCCUACCUCCCAAGUGGUCGGUCUUUAUUUCUGCUCUCGUCUGAGAUUCGAUCCGACGCCCGUCAGCCCCGGACAACCUAGGCGGCGCAAUAUUCCUACAUGGAGAAGCAGUGAUCCUCAGAACGCUAAAAACUUGUCUACUACUUUCCCAAAUAAGACGCGAUGAUCUUCGCGACGUUUUUGAUCAACGAAAUUCUCGCGAAGCAAAAAAAAGUUCUCAAAAAAUUUUUCUUCGGAGAUUAAUUUAAUUUGUAAAAAAUUUGUAAAAAAAAUAGAUCAAAAUAAUCAUUUACAUCUAUUCUUCUCUGAGUUCGAGUUCUAAGCAAAACUUUAUGAAAGGCGGGGUUUUUUCCUGUCACCCACGAAAACUGUUUUUUAGAUCUUCCAACGUCCACGAGCACUCCUGAAAUGCAGCAGGUGAACGUUACGGCUUGCCAAGAGCUUUAUGAUCACAUCACCACCAACUCAAUCGUCAAUUCCGAUGAUUCGACGUCAGAAGACAACGAGACGCACAUCACCGGCCACAAUGGUGUUGUGGCUGUUGAGAGGUACAUUGUUAUUUUCCACUGGAAAAUGUUUAAACACCGGCUCAACUCAUUUUUUCGCCUUUCAAACGAAAUUUAAAAAGCUAAAUUCGGCUAUUCGAUAAUCUUGACUUUAAAUAUCAUCAUGCAUUGUUUCAACGCACAGAACUCUAUCAUGGUUUUUGAGCGAAAAUUCGUCAAGGACCCAACUUUUUUUUUCCAAAUUUUUGUUCUUACAGAUACUCAAGAUUGCUUCAACUUCUUCCAUGCCUACGGUGGUUCGAUCCAACAGUGAUCGUUGAGCUAUUUUUCUCAGGUUUGUGAGCAAUUAUCCAUUUAUUAACUGAUUUUCUACAUUAAUAAUACUGGAAAUCAGAUUUAAAAAAAUAAUGAACUGUCUAACUAGAAGCUGAAUACUACGAAUACUUUCCUUUUCAAAAACAAUGAAAAUCUAUCAAACAAAAAAAACUAAUCAGUUAGUAUUGUUUUUAAAAAUCUAUUAAACAAAUAAAACCAAACUUCAUUGUAGGUUUACUGGGCCAAAUGUCAAUCGAGACGGUGAUUCCGUUCGUUCUCCAGAUGAACGUGAUGAACAUUUUCGAGAACCCGACGUCAUCCGACUCCUUAUCAUCUUCUUCAACUUCCGAGAUGAUCACGUCACAAUAA